AUGAAUGCCGUUAGAAUAUCAAGCCAGAUCCGUUCAACUCAGCUCGGUCCGCGCGCAGCGUUGAUCCGUCGGCUACUCUCUACCAGGAGCUGUUUGCCGCGGCACAUUCAGCGAAUAACAAAAAUACAGCCGUUGUAUAGGACUAUAACAGGGACGAGUAAUAUCAUUUCCCCACGCCAUUCCUUCGCUUCGACGAGUGCCCGAGGCAAUGCCAGCGCGGCCACUUCCACCAACGGAAAGCCAUCCAGAGUUCCGAUAGAAGUCGACGGCAAAACCCUGGAAUUUUCUUCCAUUCUCCUGCGCGACUCUUGCUCAUGUCCUCGCUGCGUACACGAGCACUCCAACCAACGACUUUUUUCGACGGCCGAUAUCCCUGCCGAUAUCCAAGCCUGCUCCGUCGAAAUUGAUGCCUCUUCCGAAUCAAUCAAUAUUAAAUGGGACAAAGACGUCCAUGGGCACAGCAAAGACCAUGUUACAAACUUGAGCGUCGCAGCGCUACGAGAACUUAGCAUCUCGGGCUCUCUUCCGGGCUUUGGAAAAGACAGUCAUGAACCGCAGGUUCUUUGGACACGAGAGCCUCUAAACCUGCAAGAUUUCGAUUAUCAAGAGUAUAUGAAAGACGACAAGGCGGUUUAUAAGCUCAUUCAACAGUUGCGAACUGAUGGGCUGGCUUUUGUCACAAAUGUCCCUGGCGUGGAGAAAUCGGUGGCUGAGAUCGUUACUCGUAUUGGUCCCGUUAAAGACACUUUCUAUGGACACACAUGGGAUGUUCGUACCCUCCCUGAAGCUAUCAAUGCCGCAUAUACCUCCCAUGACCUGGGCUUCCAUACCGACUUGCUCUACUUCUACGACCCUCCGCAUGUUCAGCUCCUCCACUGUAUCCAGUCUGCAUCUACCGGAGGAGCGAGUGUCUUUGCCGAUGCAUACAAGGCCGCGGUCGACUUGUUCCAUACGGAUCCAGAAGCAUUUGAGACACUAGCGACAGUUCCUGUGAACUAUCACUACAACCAUCCCGACUCCAACGUGUACCGUAUCACAAAGCCAGUCAUUGAUCUCCGACCUCUCCGACUUGGUGAUAGAUCCUAUGCUAGUGUUCAAUAUUAUGUCAAAGAUUGGAACGAACUGAACAUUCAAAACGGUGGUUCAGGAUGGAGCGAUGCUGUCCUUGUAAAUCACAUGCAAAAAAUCAACUGGGGGCCUCCAUUCCUAGCACCCUUCUCGAAUCAUCAAGAUCCCAUGCUGAAAUAUGGGCCAAGGCAACCCCCCCUUAUGGAGUUGAAUGAUAAAGUUGACAAAUGGCACGAAGCCGCGUUCAAGUUCAAUGCACUGCUGCAAAGAUCUGAGUAUUUAUUUGAGCGCAAUAUGAACUCGGGGGACUGGUUCUUGUUUGAAAAUACCCGAACACUUCAUUCUAGAAGGGCGUUUGAGGCGGCUGAUGUUGGAAAGCCGAGAUGGUUGAGGGGAACAUAUGUCGACAAAGACUCGUACUUUAGCCAGUUGCGUGUGUUGAAGAAUAGGUUUGACAAAGCGUCGACCUUGACCCUCAUGGAUUCACAAGCAUCAGCACCAGGACCGUCUAGACGUAGCGAUGCGUCAAAGAUCAAGCGCACGCGAAAAGGAGUACCGAAAUCAAAGAACGGCUGUACAAAAUGCAAGGCCAGAAGGAUCAGAUGUGAUGAGAGACAACCCAGUUGUGACAACUGCCACAAGUUCGGAUGUCCAUGUCCCGGAUAUCAAAAAGAAAUUCGUUGGUCCAACAAAUACCAGCCUUCUCCGACAGCAGCUGGCCUAACCCGAGCUGAUCAGCGGGAUACGCAACCUCAAGCAGCCAGCUUACAGCAUGUGUCAGUUACCUCACAACACGAUAUCAUAGAUCUAGAAAAUGUAUUUGACCAAGCCUGGCCAACCGAGUCCUUGUCGCUCUCCCAUACCACGCCGUCUCACAAUCCUAUUUUCACCGCCGGUGAGCUUUUCUGGGGCCACUCUAUCGAUUUAGAGACAUUUGAACUAUCAAGUGUACCUCUCGAUCCAGUUACUGUACCUGAUUAUAGAAUUAUACAGAACCCUCUUCACAUACCAACUACCCUCAUUGAAUAUCUUAAAUGA